UAACAAAAGCAGCCACAGGUUUUGAGGGCAGCACACAAUCAUCUCCUAACGUCACCUCUUUGGCUCACAUUUGCUUUAAUUUAGACAAAAAUGUAACUGGAACCGCGAAGAGUUUUGCGGUCUGGAAGCUUGCGUGGAGUCGCAGCUUGUCAGAAGAAACGCUGUUAAUUGUGUUCACACUUGUUUUUCCCUUUUGUGAAUCCGGCAGCUACGUUGAGCUAGCUCCGAGGUUAGCUCCCCGUCAACGUGUGACAGACCGCCUCACCGGAGACAACCCGCCGGUGUUUACCGUCCAAAGUAACCCCACACCUCUGCCCCAGCUCCCCCCGGUGCUCAUCGUCAGAGAUGGGAAGUCUGGGCAGCAGGUUCCAAUCCCCCUCUCAGGGACCAGAGGAAGCUGCAGAGGGCACAAGUACCAGUCGCAAGCAUGGAUGUGAGUGUAAGAAGAGGAAGCGAAACGCUCAGUGUGACUGUGACAGUGAACAAGAGGAGGACGAUGCCAUAUUAGAUACACCUCGCAGAAAGAAAUUGAAGAGCACAUCACGAUACAUUUAUCAGACGUUGUUCCUGAAUGGGGAAAACAGUGAUAUUCGCAUCUGUGCUCUGGGACAAGAGUGGAACCUCCACAAAGUGUACCUGUGCCAGUCUGGGUAUUUCUCCAGCAUGUUCAGCGGCUCUUGGAAGGAGUCCAACAUGAUGGAAAUCAACUUGGAGAUCCCGGACCAGAACAUCGACACUGAAGCUCUACAGGUGGUAUUCGGAUCACUCUACCGGGAUGAUGUUCUGAUCAAACCCAGCAGGGUUGUCAGUAUUCUUGCCGCUGCUUGUAUGUUACAGCUGGACGGUUUGAUCCAGCAAUGUGGGGAGACCAUGAAGGAAAACAUCAGUGCAAAGACUGUGUGUGGCUACUACGCUUGUGCCAGUAUCUACGGCUUGGAUUCAGUCAUGAAAAAGUGUCUUGAGUGGCUUCUGAACAACCUGAUGACACACCAAAAUGUCGAGCUGAUGAAAGAACUUGGGACUGAGGUGAUGGAGCAGCUCAUCCAGUCCUCGGACCUGUUUGUCAUGCAGGUGGAGAUGGAUGUAUACACUGCUCUGAAAAAGUGGAUGUUCCUGCAGCUCAAUCUGUUGUGGGACGGCCCAAUCAAGCAGCUCCUGGCUGAUGCUGACGCGUGGCUUUGCAAACGCAGGACAGACCUGUGUGAGAAUGAGCCCUUCUUGAACACAGACGAGGGCGCACCUUUCCGUUCAGUCUUCAAAUACGUUCGUCUCCAGUACAUCAUCAAUGAUCUGGCUUCUGCACGCAUCUUGGAGAGAGACAAUAUUUUGCCCCCUGAUUGGUUAAUGAUGGUGUACAAAAACCAGUGGUUCGCUAUGCUCCGGACAGAAUUUGACAAUGAUAAUGGUCCCCAUGAAGCUAACAAAGAGGAGUUCGAGCUGAGCAGUAUGAGGUGCGGCAGGAAACUGACAAAAGAUGGAGACUACUGCUGGCGGUGGACAGGCUUUAACUUUGGUUUUGACCUGCUGGUGACUUACACGAACCGUUUCAUAGUCUUCAAAAGAAAUACUCUGAGUCAGCCAUGUGGGGGCGCUGUGAGUCUGCAACCUCGAAGACAUCUGGCAUACAGGUUACGUCUCGCCUCCUUUGAUAGCCGUGGAAAGCUGGUCUGCAGCCGCUCAACAGGUUACCAGCUGCUCACCCUUGAGAAAGACCAGGAGUAUGUGGUGAUGAACCUGGACAGCCGGUUGUUAUCAUUCCCCCUCUACGUGUGCUGUAACUUCCUGUAUACGUCGCCUCAUUCGGACCACCGUCCAGAUUCCUCAGAACAAGAAAGCACUGCUCACAGCGUCUCUUGAUGCCCUGUUCAGCAGCCUUUAACUGCUACUAUUGCUCCGGUAAUGCUGAGACACUGACACAAGCUUGUAUGUACAAUCCACCAACACAUUUAACAUCACUUUGACAUUGGACAUAUCAUCUGCAUGCCAUGUAACUCUGUGAGGUGUUUAGGGAAAAUAUUUUGCAUCUAUGUAUAUUUGGCACAUUCAGAGUUAGCGACGUAUACGUUACAGUGGCCGGGAGGGAUCGGGCCACCCUAUGUCUUCAGAGCAGCUUCAAACCUCGGACCUCUGCCGUGAACUGUCUGCACUGGGAUGUUGGACCAUUUCUCAAGGUGGAAAACCUACAAGUCUUUGGAGACAAUGGAAAUCUGCCUUGAUAACGUGCACUUCAGAACUUUAAAUAACGGCUACACAAUGUUUAGAUGUGGUGAUUCUGAAGACCAUGGACCGAUGGGUGCACUCUAAAACCCGACCAGCACGGUGCCGUUUAGAGCUGGACACGUUUUCCACUCCAUUUCUAAUCGGCACACAAAACAGCAUCUGUCGUUUGUACUGACUUGAAUCGACGGCUCCGUGCAGCAGGCAAACAAAACUCCACGUAGACUAACAAUGCCGUAAACAAUCUAGACUGAAAAACACAUAUUUGAUAUGACUCGUGUUCCAAAUGGAAAAGGUGCUGUACAAUCUCUGCCUACACUUAAAAGCUGUAAAAAGACUAGAUUGAAGCCUGACACAGCAUCUCUGCCACCUGCUGCUGUUUGGUUACCAGCUGAUAGAGAUUCUAAGGAUUUUCAGACUGUGUUUCAUGAUUCUUUAGUUGUAUCUCAGGCUUUUGGAUUGAAAAGUCCACCACCUCUUCAGUAAAACUGCACCACCACUCCCAGAUUAAACCCAGUAUAAACUUUGUAAAAUAACAUUUACUGCAAUGUAUUUAUUUCAUGCAAUGUAGAAAACCUAACAUGAACAAAAUAAUUGCUGCUUCGAGUGAUACAAGUAAAGUAGCGAAAGUUUACAGUUACGUCCGAUUAUAGACACCAGCUUUCUAAUGUUCACAGUAUAAUGUUGAAGAUCUGUUCACCAGCCACACUGUCAAAUGCUGUUUACUAGUGUUAAACAGAGUCCACUGCUCCUCCUUCGCAGUACAGUUUGUCUCUGUUUAACACGUGUAGGCAGGAUAUUUAGACUGCUCCCAUCACCACAAUUAUUACCUUUGCAGUUACUUUGUUCUACAGUUUUGUACUAUUAAUUAGGUCACUUUGUUUUGGCAAUUUUGGAAAUAUGUUGUUACCUCAUGCUGUUUCUAAAACAAGUAAAUGGGAUUUUCAGCGGACAUGUACUGCUAACUCAUUUGAGUCAGUAUGACUUGCCUGUAUAGCUGCAACUGUCAUUAAGUUCAAAGUUAAAGGUCUUUUUAUUUGGCAUUUAUUUAUUUUUUACUUCAUUUGUGUUUGUAUGGAUUUAUUUUUGCAAAGGAAAAUAUGUAUACAUUUCUCGACAGCCAAUAAAACUGCCCAUUCACGUGGGCUGUGGUGCUAUC